UGCUGUGUGUGUGUGUGCGCGCGCGCGCGCGUGUGUGUGUGUGUGUGUGUGUGUCAGCGCGUACUGCUGGGUUCUCAGGAUGCCGAUCCUAGAUCUCUGAAUCUUUCCUGAUGCCUCUCUUCACUUCCUGAUCUCCAACACCAUGAGUAGCAACAGAACCACCAGGUACAGCAUUGUUUCUCCUGAUGAGGAAAGGCUGAAGAUCUCGACUCUCGGGCUUCACAACGGCCACAGCUCACCUGGGAGCGCCAUGAGCAGCGCUGUAGCUAGCGUAGGUGGCUACAACAUGGAGAACAACUACAAUGGGAAAAUCUCCACGAGGGGGCGUGGCCAAGUGCGGAGCCGUUUCGUUAAAAAAAAUGGCCAAUGUAACGUUGUUUUCUCCAACAUGGAGGACAAAUCACAGCGCUACCUGGCUGAUAUAUUCACAACCUGCGUGGACAUCCGCUGGCGCUACCUACUGCUCAUCUUCUGCACGACGUUCAUGGUGUCGUGGCUGAUCUUUGGAUUGAUUUUCUACAGCGUGGCCCUCACACAUGGAGAUUUCGACCCUGAUCGCCACCUGAGGGGGAAAAUGGGGGCAGGAGCACCAGGCGAGGGGCAACAGAAGGAGUGGAAGCCAUGUUUGCUCCACGUGGAAGGUUUUCUUGGCGCCUUCCUGUUUUCAAUCGAGACUCAAACAACAAUUGGAUAUGGCUGGCGCUGUGUCACCGAGGAGUGUCCAGUUGCCGUGGCAACAGUAGUAGUUCAGUCCAUUUUGGGAUGCAUCAUUGACUCAUUCAUGAUCGGUACCAUCAUGGCCAAGAUGGCGCGACCCAAGAAGCGAAACCAGACGCUUCUGUUUUCCCAAAACGCCGUUAUAGCACUGCGGGACGGGAAGCUGUGCCUCAUGUGGCGUGUCGGAAAUCUCCGGAAAAGUCACAUCGUUGAAGCUCACGUCCGAGCCCAGCUGAUUAAACCCCGAGUGACAGAGGAGGGCGAGUUCAUCCCGCUGGAGCAGACGGACCUGAAUGUGGGUUAUGAUGAAGGAACUGAUCGCCUUUUCCUCGUCUCACCUCUUGUUAUCGUCCACGAGAUUGACGAGGACUCGCCGCUUUGGGCCAUGAGCCGCUCCGAUCUGGAAAACGAUGUCUUUGAGAUUGUUGUGAUUCUUGAGGGAAUGGUAGAAGCCACUGCUAUGACCACGCAAGCACGAAGCUCGUACCUUUCCCAUGAGAUCCUUUGGGGUCAUCGCUUUGAGCCGGUUGUGUAUGAAGAUCACGAUCGCUACCAGGUGGACUACGCUCGCUUCCACAAGACCUACGCAGUUCCCUCAACUCCUUUGUGCAGUGCUAAGGAGCUCAGUGAGGUAGCGAGUCAUCAAUCGUCCAAAGCGUCAUCACAAUCCGAGACGCCGAUUAGUCGCAGGACCCAUUUUCUGCGACCACCUUGCUCGCCCAGUGCGUUCUGUUACGAGAAUGAAGUGGCUCUGUACUCUGGGGAAGAGGAGGAUGAGGAAGGGAUAAGUAAGAACAGAGUGGAGGAAGGUCUAACCACACUAGAAACGGAUCUGACAGUCCUAACCACGACUGGCAUUCCAGCAGAAUUCCAGAAAAUGUUCCAGGAUACUCCAACAGUAACUUCUGGAAGCAACGUCCUCUGUGUGCUGGACAUGGACAAUCAGAUGGAGUUUGAUAUUCUUCAGACAUCCAUUCCUCUGGAUCCUCUGACGUACAAGAGCGAAUCAGAGAUAUGACACUACGGGAUUGGAGGUGAUCGGAGGCGUUUCCCGACAGAGUUCCACACCCUCCCCUCGUUUUGGAAUGACUAACUCAAAUGAAGUCGAUGAAGGGAAAAGGGAUUAUUGCGUUGGCAUUUUUGCACAUUUUUCAGAGGUUUGGAUUUGACAGUAAACUGUAUAUAGAAACAAUUUGCCUGCUUGAAUUUGUAUAUUUGCCCGAACUGAAGCUCUUGAGAUUCUUUCUGAAGAUGUAAAAAUCGUGACAAUCUUGUGAUCCAGUUGGUUCUCGCUUCAAAAUCUUUAUUGUUACUGAAAGGAUCAUGUGAUCCAUGAGGACUGAUCACAAUCAAAGAAGAUGAGAUUAUAAACUCUGAAAUAUAGCUGCAAAAUCAUUUUAGUCAUUUAUCUGAACAGGGAUAAUGGAAAUAAACAAAUAAACAUAAACAUCACCAAAGGUGGAAAUAAACACAGGACAAGACGAAAAAUCAGAAACAACAUCUAACAAAACUGUAUAUCAGUAAAACAGAGUUUAUUACGAUAAGAUAAGAUAAGACAGUGUAUAGGUUAGAGUUAUCCAUGCCUGGGGCGUCAUAACCAUUCACACGUGCCACAUUCAUUUAUAUUUGAGCUCGGACAUAGCAUUUAAAUAAAAUAUAUUUACAUUAAUUUGUUUAUAAGACCAUUCCAUUAUUUUCUCUCACCAGAUGUGAACACCAUCUGUUGCUGUCAUUCAGUUUAUUAUUAACUCCAGUAAAAUAGCAAAACAUAAACUAACACUAUAGAAACCAGUCUAAAACUGAGCUAGCAUAGAAACCAGCCUAAAAAUGAGUUAGCGUAGAAACCAGGCUAAAACUGAGCUAGCAUAGAAACCAGGCUAAAACUGAGCUAGCAUAGAAACCAGCCUAAAACUGAGCUAGCGUAGAAACCAGCCUAAAACUGAGCUAGCAUAGAGAACAGGCUAAAAAUAAGCUAGCAUAGAAACCAGGCUAAAAUGGAGCUAGCAUAGAGAACAGGCUAAAAAUAAGCUAGCAUAGAAACCAGGCUAAAACUGAGCUAGCAUAGAAACCAGCCUAAAACUGAGCUAGCGUAGAAACCAGCCUAAAACUGAGCUAGCAUAGAGAACAGGCUAAAACUGAGCUAGCAUAGCAACCAGGCUAAAACUGAGGUAGCGACCAGGACAGGCUAAAACUGAGCUAGCAUAGAGAACAGGCUAAAACUGAGCUAGCAUAGCAACCAGGCUAAAACUGAGGUAGCGACCAGGACAGGCUAAAACGGAGCUAGCAUAGAGAACAGCCUAAUCCAAAACUAGCAUUAUACUAAACAGGCUAACACUGUACUAAACCUUGUACUAAACAUGCAAACUAGCUUUAUAGUAUAAAUAAACUAUUACAAACUAAUAAACUAACAUUAUACUAAACAGGCUAACCACAAAGUAGCAUAAUAGUAAAGAAGCUAAAAUAAAACUAGACGUACACUACAGGUUAGCAUUAAACUAACAGGCUAAAACAAUAUAACUAACGUUACAGAUGUUAUAACAUCUAUAUAUCUAAUGAUAUGGAAAUUAUUCCCGGUCAUUUCUGCUUAAUAUCCUGUCCAUGUAAAUGAAACUACAAACGAUAUGAACGUGUGUGUGUGUCGACCCGAUUAAACAGCGGGAAAAAAACCAAACUAAAAAUAAAGGUGUGUGUAUGACGCUCCUGGGCCGAGCUCGUAGAUAUUUUAGAUAUCAGAGGGUUUAUUUCAGUAAUUAUAUUAUGGGAUGUAGCCAUAACAGCAAUAUUUAGAGCAAUAGUCUGAGAAUGAACUCUAUACUCUAUCUGCACUUUGAUUCGUCCCACUUCAGGUGAAAUAUUUUUAUUUUUCUUCAGGAGUGAGAAGAUUAAACGCAUGCACUGAGCUUUUAUAAAGAAUUCUCUGUUUAGUUUUCAGCUGUAAUGACUUUUAAAAAAAAAGCCAAGGAACUGAGGCGAAGGUUUUGUAUGUUAGUGAUGUGUUUUUGUACUAAUGCAGAUGAAACGGCAUAACGGUGUGUGUGUGUGUGUGUGUGUGUAGGCAUGUGUCAAUAUUACAUUUUAAAAUCACGCUUAUUGCCCAACAUGUAAAACAGUUUAUGAUUUUAUCACCAUAAUGCAUUUAUUUAUUUAUUUAUUUUGGAGAAAAUGGUCAGAAGGGCCAGAAAAUUUUUCCAAGAACCUUUUAGGGAACUAGUGUUUCUUUCGAGUAUUUCUUCAUUGCUUUUCCUUUGUUGUGUUAAUUUGAUUUUAUCUUUUUAAACCGUGCAACUUUACACAACGUUUUUUUUUUUUACUGUCGCAGUAAAAAAAAAUACCUAGAAAAGAUGUAAAAUUCUGCAACACAGAUGUCAAAACAAAAGCACAAUGCAGCAUUUUGUCGUGGAAAACACUCUUCUCAAAGACACGGGGUUCUGGAUGCUUUAGAGACGUUACUGAAUCAACCAACAAAGCCGAGAUUUCUGCAGAGCAUCUGAUUUACACAGUCGUGCUCAUGCUUUUAAACACGUCUAAAACAAAGACCUCAUUAGGUGGAGUUUUCUCAUUUUUUCUUUUAAAUCACACCCCUUUCGUUCGCCACAAUUAUUUCAUCGUCCAACUACAUCGUUCAUUGUAACUGUGACAUGAGCUGAGUCAGUAUAUUUAUUUUUUUUAAAAGAGUUAAUAUAAGAAAAGAUGUGAUGUAGUGUAUAAAUAAAACUCUCUAAUUUCGGUACUUUUCACAAACUAGGUCACAUCAGGUUACCUGAAUUCCUCUAAAUACAUACACAUUGAUUUAACAUGAGGUGAUUUAACACAAGAUCACAUUACAACACUGAUUGAUAUAAUACUGACUGACAACAGAUGGUACUGAUAAAUAAUCAUUCAUUAUAAACGUUAAUUUAAUUUAAGAAAAAUUCCUCCAUAAUUUCAGUUUGGUUGAUAUAAAACAAUGCAUCUGUUUUUAAAACUAUAAGAAAGGAUUUCAGGUAGAAGACCCUUAAAGAACCCCUCUGUGAAGCUCAUGUUGACUGAUGAGACAUACUCAGUACGACACGUUCCACUUCCACCCAUUAGUUCCUGAUCCACGAAUAAGUCCCCGCUAUGGUUCAGGAACUAAAACACACCUCAGUUUUGUGAGUUCCUGAAAAAUGGUCCUGGUUCCUGCAAUGGAAAUGUGAGCUUCAGAUCUUAAUCUGAAAUGUUCCACAAUGUUUUAUUAAGAUAAAUUGUAAAACUGGUCAUUGGCACAUGCCUUGUGUGUGUGUGUGUGUGUGUGUGUGUGUGUGUGUUAAAGGACAUGCAUGUGUCUGUUUUCUUUCAAAUGCAGUAAAAAUGCAGCUAAUAUAAAUACUCUCGCUAGUCAGUGUAACAUCAUCCGAUCUUCAGUAGUACAUGAAUGUGUGUAAGAUUGUGUUCAUGUGUGAGGCAGCCAGAGACAAUGACAAAGAUCGCACACACACACACACACACACCCACACACACACACCCACACACACACACACAGAGUGAGCGAACACUGAUCCUUUACUGGUAUCUUUCUUGCUUGAUCUCUUUUUGUUGUGUUGUGUUUUCUUGUCUUCCUGCUCGAGUCUCUCUGUUAGCAUGACAACAAUCCUGAAAUGUAACUUGAAGCCUCAAAGCUCCUACAGAUGCACUUUAUUUCCUCCUGUACAAUAUGAAAAAUAAAUAUUUAUAUUAUAAACUAUUGUGAAUCAAUCCCUGUUGCUGUGCACUGACACUACAGGAGGCUGAUCACUGGGUGGUCUUGCAGAUGAGGUUUGUAUAUAAAUAGAAAUGCAGACUGACGUGUGACACCCUGUAGCAGUGUAACACUCCCCCCUGCUGGUGGCGGUGUGCAAGUGCAGCCAGGUUACAUCACACACUGAGGAGGGCUGUGUGCUUCAGCAGAUACUGUCCUGCUCAAUGUACUGAAGAGGAGCAACAGGAUGACAUCAUCAGAGAGCGCCAGUCCAUCACUCACACACACACACACACACACACACACACACACACACACACAGUAAAAUGAACUGCUGUUUUCUCUUUCAGCCACUAGAUGACACUGCAGACUAACUAAUGACUGACUAAUGUUCCAGACUGACCACACACACACACACACACACAC